AUGGAUUCAACUUUUGAUAUGUUAUGUGAUGUUGUUCCUGGAAGGGAAUCAUGGAGGGUUAAGGUUAGGGUUAUUCGUGUGUGGGAAGUUCCUAAUUUCUUGAAUCCUGACCAGAUUAAUUCGAUUGAAAUGGUUUUGAUCGAUGAGAAGGGUGGGAAAAUUCAUGCUACAAUCAGGAAACAAUUGUUGUAUCUUUUUAAGAACAAGAUUUCGGAGGGUCAUGUUUAUAAAAUUUCUUAUUUGGCUGUUGCACCAAGUUCUGGGAGCUAUCGAACAACGUUGCAUCCAUACAAGUUCUUUUUUCAGAUGAAGACCAAAAUUCAAAUCUGUCAAAGUGAUGAUAUACCAAAUUUUGGAUUGUCAAUUAGUAAUAUAUCUGAUGUUUGUUCUCAUACCAUUGAUUAUGAUUUUUUAGUUGAUGUCAUGGGUAUAAUGACUGGUAUUUCUGUAGAGAGGGAAUACAUUAAAGAUGGAAGAGUUACAAAAAUGAUAGUUGUGGAGUUGACUGAUAAGAGUGGUAAGUGUGAAAUUGCAUUGUUUGGAGACUAUGUUGAUAUACUCCAGAAGAAAAUGGAGAGUAAUUCUGAAGGCUUACCAGUUGUAGCUGUUCAAUUUGCCAAAGUUAAGAUUUUUAGAGAUAAAGUUUCGCUGCAAAAUGUCAUUAAUACCACUCAGAUUUUCAUUAAUCCUGAUUUCAAAGAGGCUGUGGAUUUAAGAAAUGGGAAUAUUAAUGUUGGGAUUGAACACUCUGGUGUUGUUCCUGUUCUUGGUCCUCGUGGUAAAGCUACUUUGGAGGAAGAUUUUUUGCUUGGUUAUCAAAAAAGCACAAUCUCAAAACUUUUAGGGUCAUCUGAGGAUGGUAUUUUUAUUGUUCUGGCUGUAGUUACUGAUUUGGUUGAUGGGCAAGACUGGUGGUAUCCUGCGUGUCGUUGUCACAAAAGUGUGAUUGCUGAUUCUGGAGCUUAUUAUUGUAAGGGUUGCGUUAAGCAUGUUUUUCAUAUGGUUCCUAGGUUUAAAGUUAAAUUUAAUGUUUGUGAUGAUACUGGUGAUACUAUCUUUGUUGUCUUUGACACUGAUAUGCCUGAAAAUGCUGGGUUUUAUCCAAGUGAAUUGAAGAAAUUAAUUGGUGCUAAGUUGCUGUUUAAGGUUGAAAAAUCUUCCUCAACCAAUGUUUUAUUCGAUGGUUCGUUUAAGGUUAAGCGUGUUUGCAAUGAUUCAUCUAUUUUGCAAAUUUUCAAUUCUCCUGUCUCUGGAAUUUCUGCUGCUGAGAUUGGUAAGGGUUCUGUCGAAUCUAGUGGGUUGGUUGAUGAUGAUGAUGAUGAUGAUGAUGAUGAUGAUGAUAUUGAGAUUGUUAAAGAAACUCAACUAGAUGGAUUUGUAUCUGGUCUUUUGGUUUCUCCUGGAUCAGAACUGGCACCUACUAAUAAACAAUUUGCUGCUGGUUCUGCGAAGAGAGAUUUGUCCACUGCUUUUGAAGAUGCUGAUGUUUCCAAUGGUGCUGUUCCAAUUAAGUCAGUGAAAAUUGAAAAGGAGUAG